AUGCCAGAGCAGCUGGAUGCCUCAGUGGACUGUAUGCUGGGCUGUUUUAACUCCUUUCAGCCUCCUCUCCCCUCCACAGAGCUGUGUGUGACCAGGACAGGCAGACGGACAGACGGCAGGACGGACACGCGGGCGGCGGCUGUGAUUGGCGGCUCGGCGGCAGGCUGGUGGAAGAUGUCGUCGGGAGCCGGUGGGAGGGGUGGGCGGCGGCUCAGGGGUGGGGGGGGGGAGGCGGCGGAGGAAGGUCCAGUGGGCAUCCCCUUCCCCGAGCACAGCGCAGACAUCCUGGGCAGUCUGAACAAGCAGCGCCUCAGCGGCCUGCUGUGCGACGUGCUCCUGAUCACCCAGGAGAGGGAGUUCACUGCCCACCGUUCGGUCCUGGCCUCCUGCAGCUCCUACUUCCACAAGUUGUUCACCUCGGGCCCAACAGCCAGCCAGCAGAACGUCUACACCAUAGACUUUGUGGCGGCCGAGGCCCUGGGCGCCCUGCUGGACUUUGCCUAUACAGCCACGCUAACGGUCAGUCACAGCUCCGUGGGAGACAUCCUGGCUGCCGCCCACCUGCUGGAGAUCCCGCCCGUCCAGGAAGUCUGCACUCACCUGCUGGACACCAAAGUGCUCUCCCCGCCGGCGGGCAGUGAGCGAGGAGAGGAAGAGGAGGAUGAUGAUGAUGAGGGGGAAGGAGGGAAGGGUGGAGGAGGAUGGGGGCAGCAGGGGAAUCGACUGCGGGCCCGGGAGUAUCUAGAAUAUUUCCAGAGAGGGGCCCACUGGAGCAGCAGCUGCAGCACGCCAGAGCUCAGGGACAUGCCCACACACCUGCACUUUAACCAUGGCAACGGGGCCCACAGCAACGGGGCCCCCGGGGGCCCCAGCGAGUACUGCUCUCCCCUGGACCUUGCCCAGGCCCCCACACAGGACCCAGAUGAUGAUGAGGAGGAGGACGAGGAGGACGAAGUAAAGGUGGAGCACUCUGAGAAUCACAGGGACAUGCUGACCUGGGCCAGGGGGAACGGAGGGGGGCCAGGGGCCUCUUUCUAUGCCCCAGCCCAGAACGGCCACUUCUACCUCCCCACGGAGCCCAAACUGGAGCCGGAGGAGGAAGAGGAGGAAGAUGGCAUGCGGGAUGGGGAGAGAGGCUCGGCCAGCGCCCUCCUGCAGCAGAUGAUGGACUCCAUCGAGAGGCAGAAGGAGCGGGCCGCGGCCGGGGAGGACCCGGGGGAGGGGGAGGACCCGGACGUGGAGUUUUACUUGAAUUACUUUAACAGCACGCAGCAUGAGGACGCCGCCGUCUCACAGGGACUGCUGCCCCUCUGGGCGACACGGGGAGGCUCCAGCCAAGAUAGAGGGGGAGGAGAGAGGGGAGGAAGAGGAGGAGAAGAGAGAGGAGGGGGCGGAGGGGAGAGGAAGAUGCGCUCCAAGGCCUUCCAGAAGUGCCCCAUCUGCUCCAAGGUCAUCCAGGGUGCAGGCAAGCUACCCCGCCACAUCCGCACGCACACGGGAGAGAAGCCCUACGAGUGUGCCAUCUGCAAAGUGCGCUUCACCAGGCAGGACAAGCUCAAGGUUCACAUGCGUAAGCAUACGGGAGAGAAGCCUUACCUGUGUACGCAGUGUGGUGCUGCGUUCGCCCACAACUACGACCUGAAGAACCACAUGCGCGUGCACACAGGCCUGCGGCCCUACCAGUGCUCCAGCUGCUUUAAGACUUUUGUGCGUUCAGACCACCUGCACCGCCAUCUCAAGAAGGACGGCUGCAACGGUAUCCCCUCCCGCCGGGGCCGCAAGCCUCGGGUACGGGACCCCGGGCUCCUGGAGGCCUCCAUGGGGCUGGUGGGCCCCGGCCCUCGCAGUGGCAGGGAGAGACGGCGCAUGGAGGCAGCCUCGGCAGAGGGGGCCUCCAGGGUCCAUGCACACAGUCCCCAACCCCAGGAGAGCCCAGAGGAGCCGGGGCACUGAGGCAGGGAGACAGGGAGGGACGCUGGACGCCAUAGUCAUACUUGGCCCCUGAAGGGGCCGCUGCCGAAACAAGAGAAAAAAAACAACAAAAAAACACAACUAACUAUUUCUCUAUAAACCAAAUCAGGGUGUCACAAAUCUAAUAUUUUCAGUUUCUUUUAUCCCUUUGCUUUAGGAAACAGUAGACACAACAGACAAACAUGAGUCAGUGUUCUGUUAAAGAGCAAGGAACGCUUCAAAUCACACACCCAUGAUGUCUCCUUUCUGGGUCAUUUCUGUCUGAUCUGGGUUUUUAUACAUUUGGCAAAAAUGCUUUAUAUGCAUAACAAAACAACAGAAAACCCUGAGCAAACUAUGCAGUUAAAAUAGGUUUUGAAUUCAGAGCCAAACGAUGAGGUGUCCCACACCUACCGGCUGCUGCAGGGGUGAACUGAGUGUAAUCUCUCAUAUUCAGAUGGAAAGCAACCAAUCUUUUUCUAUUCUUUUGCAGUUCUAAAAUGUACAGUUACCAUAAAAACAGUAUUGUCAGAAUAUGGCAAUAUAUGCAAGAUUAACUUACCCACACCUCUGAUGCAGCAUCCUUUUUUCUAAAGGCUUCAGAAAGAAUCAGACAAGGGUUUGAUUUAAGUGUUACUUACUCGAUAAAAUAUAUUUUAAAAAUCUAUGGAUCAUCUUUUUUAAAUGUCGAGUCGAAUCCACGUUU